GCCAUCGCCUGCGUCACCGUCACCGUCCUCGUCCUCAUCGGCCUCCUCGGGGGCCUCCUCGGCAGUUAACGCCGACCCCUUACUGGUCUCUGACGUCACUUCCUGUCUCCGAUGACGUCACUUCCUGUUGGGGGACGCACACAGCGCCGCCGUCCUCGUGACGUCAUUGGGCGGCGCCGCGCGGCGAUGGCGGAGGCGGCGGCGGAGGCGGCGGUCGGGCCCGGGGGGGGCGGAGGGGUCUCCUCAGGAGCGGCGGCGGCGGCACAGGCGCCUCCCCCCGCCCCCCCCCGCGAGGCUGAGGUGGCCGUGGAGAUAGGGGAGACGUAUCUGUGCCGGAGGGGCGACGGGAGCUGGCACUCGGCCGAGGUGAUCCAAUCCCGUCUGAACGAGCAGGAGGGGAGGGAGGAGUUCUACGUCCACUACGUGGGAUUUAACCGCCGCCUGGACGAGUGGGUGGACCGGAACCGCCUGGCGCUCAGUAAGACCCUGAAGGAAGCGGUGCAGAAGAGUUCGGAGCAGUUUUUGGCGGAAUUGGGAGAACAACCGGAGCGGAAAAUCACCCGGAACCAAAAACGGAAACACGAUGAGAUCAACCACGUCCAGAAGACCUAUGCAGAGAUGGAUCCCACCACGGCGGCGCUGGAGAAGGAGCACGAGGCGAUCACGAAGGUGAAGUACGUGGAUAAGAUCCACAUCGGACACUUUGAGAUCGACGCGUGGUACUUCUCCCCUUUCCCGGAGGAUUAUGGGAAACAACCGAAGCUGUGGAUCUGCGAAUACUGCCUCAAAUACAUGAAAUACGAGCGCUCCUUCCGCCUCCACCUGGCGCAGUGUCAGUGGCGGCAGCCGCCCGGGAGGGAGAUUUACCGCAAGAACAACAUCUCCGUCUAUGAGGUGGACGGCAAAGACCAUAAGAUCUACUGUCAGAAUCUGUGCCUUUUGGCGAAGCUCUUUCUCGACCACAAAACUCUGUACUUCGACGUCGAACCCUUCGUCUUUUAUCUCCUGACGGAGGUCGACCGCCACGGCGCCCACAUCGUGGGGUACUUCUCCAAGGAGAAGGAGUCUCCGGACGGGAACAACGUGGCGUGCAUCCUCACGCUGCCGCCGUACCAGCGCCGCGGCUACGGAAAAUUCCUCAUCGCCUUCAGCUACGAGCUGUCGAAGCUGGAGGCGACCGUGGGCUCUCCGGAGAAGCCGCUCUCGGACCUGGGGAAGCUGAGCUACCGCAGCUAUUGGAGUUGGGUCCUCCUCGAGAUCCUCCGCGACUUCCGCGGAACACUCUCCAUCAAAGACCUCAGCCAGAUGACGAGCAUCACGCAGAGCGACAUCAUCAGCACUCUGCAGUCGCUCAAUAUGGUGAAGUACUGGAAGGGGCAGCACGUGAUCUGCGUCACCCCCCGCCUGGUGGAGGAGCACCUGCGCAGCGCCCAGUACAAGCGGCCCCCCAUCACCGUGGACUCCAUUUGUCUGCGUUGGGCGCCGCCGAAGCACAAAGCGGCCAAAGUGGCCAAGAAGUGACCCCGACUUUACUGGAGGGCAUUCGGUAGCCACGAAGUCACCUCCGGAAGCCCUCCUGAGGCGCUCCUUUCGGUGGCCACGCGCCCAAUUCCGGUGGCCACGUGCCCAAUUCCGGUGGCCACGCACUGAGUUUCCGUUCCGGGAGUGGUGGUUGUGUCCUAUAAACCCUUUGGCUGUUGCCACAAACUCA